GAAGGCGCAGGAUGUCAGUACGUACGCGUGUGUUACGGUGAAUCGAAUCUUCGCGACAGAACAGAGGAAACGUAUUUUGGAUUUGGUUCCAGAGCCCUGCCACAGAAGAUGCCUGCUGGCGUGUCUUGGCCCCGGUACCUGAGAAUGCUUGGAGCCAGCAUCUUGGCCAUGUUCGCAGGGGCAGAAGUGGUCCAUCAGUAUUACCGGCCUGACCUGACCAUUCCAGAUAUCCCACCGAAACCCGGAGAGCUGAGGACAGAGCUUCUCGGACUGAAAGCCAGACAAGAACAUGCUUCGGAGAAACAAUGACAUUUCCCUCUGCUUAUUUAAUGUACAUAUGUACAGUAUUACUGAGUGAAUGUAUACUGUGGAAUCUGUCGUGCAAAGACUCAGAUUAAAA